CCAACGUAGCACCAGCCGCCAUGAACCCCCUUCGUCUCAACGGCAAUCUCCCACCCUUUGCCCUCGCAACCCUCGCCGCCUGCGGAGUAACCCUCUCCCCCAACCUCACCGUGGUCGAAAAGAACGAGCCAGUCGCGAAGCCGGACACAGCACUGCGCCGACUGAUCUGCCGUAACGAUUGCAUUGUAGGAUACCUGUGUAUGUAAGUGGUAUAAAUAGACGUCGUGGGUAUAAAUACGGCUCUUUGGCCGGGCUGAUCAGGCCUUUUUGUUUGGUGUUUGUCGCCUCCCUUGG